CUAAUUUUGAAUUGUCACUUGAACGCAGCACUGGCUGACACCCUUUUAAAGAAAACCGGAAAAAGAAAAAGUUAAUAAGCUAGCUAGUACGUGUACCAGCCGCCAGUGUUUUUGUUUAAACUACUUUACAUUUAUCUGUAGAAUAUUAAAGCCAUUCCACAUCUAAAUAAUGCCGGGAGCAGCCAACAUCGUCGCGAUGAAGAAAAUCGUCCAACAGUUGCGUUUUGAGGCUGGCAUAAACAGAGUUAAGGUCUCACAGGCCGCAGCGGACCUCCAGCAGUUCUGUAUGCAGAACGCCCAGCAGGACCCUCUGCUCACCGGCAUGUCGUCCAGCAACAACCCGUUCAGACCCCAGAAAGUCUGCUCCUUCCUAUAGCACCGACAGGCCGCUACCUUUGAAGAUGUGGUGCUGCACGGACUGGAGUAGUCUCAGGAGUGUUUGGGAAAUCUGGGCCAGAGAACAACUAACUUAAGCUUUUUAAGUACAUUUCACCUUUUUUUUUUUUUUUGGUAAAAUCUACUGCAGAAUAACUUCCUGUGAGAAAAGAUGUUUUAGCCUUCUUGCAUAGAACUAAGUUGCCUGAACUCACACGUGCCUUCUUCAUGUACAUUUUUCACAACUGAUUAAAAAUAAAUGUUUUCUCAUUUUA